AUGAAUUGGAACACUAUUCUCCAUGAUCUGGUUUUUGAUCUUUUUGAUGAAAAGAGAUAUGGUGUCAUUGAAUUCGAUGAAUUUAUUCAUUCACUCAAUUUCUUUCAUCCCUGUGCCCCUAUUGAAGACAAAGUGGAUUUUGCAUUUAGGCUUUAUGAUCUGAGGGAAACUGGUUUCAUUGAGCGAGAAGACGUUAAGCAAAUGGUCAUUGCAAUCCUGCUGGAAUUUGAAUUGAAGCUAUCUGAUGAUAUUGUUGAGGCUAUAAUUGACAAGACAUUUGUUGAUGCUGAUGCUGAUGGGGAUGGUAAAAUCGAUAAAGACGAAUGGAAGGCUUUUGCUCUUCGGAAUCCCACCCUCUUGAGGAACAUGACUCUUCCUUGUUUGAAGGACAUUGCCACUGCAUUUCCAAGCUUUGUUUUCAACACCGAGGUUGAAGACUGA